AUGUGCUUUGACCGGGUGUCUAUUAUGCGCGCCAGCGCUCUUAUACGGAGUUUCCAUCGGACUUUCUUUGGUCGGAGUUAUCGUCGCGUUGCAGGAUACAGAGCCCUGUCCUUUCUCGCACCCUAUAGCCUUCGUGCCAGGGGUAAUUGGCAAUUGCCCUGGAACAGGGCCGGAAGGGUUUCCUACGGGAUUGCAACGUCUGGGCUGCAGCUGAACGAUUUGACCGCGGCAAGGCCAGCAGCGAGGCCGGCAGCAAGCCCUAACAAGGCUCCGGAUGGCAUGACGUUUGAAGAACGGCUAUAA